AGGAAAGACUGAUUACUGUUAGUUAUUAUAAUACUUCUAUCAUCCGCUUUCUGAAGUCCCCGCCUUUAUAGGCAUCGUCUAACACGCAACAUGGACAGAGCGUUCCAAAACCAAAUGUCCACCACGAUUUCUUCACCAUGUGCCAAGUAAGUGAUCAAACGCUCGGGCACAACAUCGACUCGGCUCACGGUCCAACACAGUUCGAACUCAUCCACCCUCAGUGCGGUCACGCCAUCCGACGUUUGGUCAAGCACUGCCACUUCGCCCGCAACGAUCCAAAGCAUCAAUGCUCUGGCGCCUGGUCAUUCAGGCGGGAGUGGAUCAGCGUCCAUCUGAUCUGUCGGCAGUGCUGCCAGCAGGCCAACGUCAACCGCGCUUAGCAAGACAUCGAUGCAUGCGGAGGGGUGUGGGAUCUUGGGAGAGAGGAAGGGCGUAGUACGCCCUUCCUCGCGUAGGGUGUUAGAUGGAAGGAAGGGCCCGGGGUGUUGGGAGGGAGGAU